GCCGCCGGGCCGGCGGAGAGAGGCCGCAGGGCAUGCCAGCCGCCCGCCCCGAUGUUUCACUGGAGCAAGUGGAAGAAGAGGAUGGGAGCGAGCGCCUCCUCCUCCAAGAGACCCGUCUUCGACGAGAGGGAGGACGUGAACUUUGACCACUUCCAGAUUCUCCGGGCCAUUGGGAAGGGAAGCUUUGGCAAGGUGUGCAUCGUGCAGAAGAGGGACACGGAGAAGAUGUACGCCAUGAAGUACAUGAACAAGCAGCAGUGCAUCGAGAGGGACGAGGUGCGCAACGUGUUCCGAGAGCUGGAGAUCCUGCAGGAGAUCGAGCACGUGUUCCUGGUGAAUCUCUGGUAUUCCUUCCAGGACGAGGAGGACAUGUUCAUGGUGGUGGACCUGCUCCUGGGAGGUGACCUGCGCUACCACCUGCAGCAGAACGUUCAGUUCACCGAGGAGACGGUCAAACUCUACAUCUGUGAGAUGGCGCUGGCCCUCGACUACCUGCGGAGUCAGCACAUCAUCCACAGAGAUGUAAAACCAGACAACAUCCUCCUCGAUGAGCAAGGUCAUGCCCAUUUAACAGAUUUUAAUAUUGCAACCAUCAUUAGGGACGGUGAAAGAGCGACAGCAUUGGCUGGGACAAAGCCAUACAUGGCCCCGGAGAUCUUCCAUUCCUUCCUGAGCGGCGGGACGGGCUAUUCCUUCGAGGUGGACUGGUGGUCUCUGGGAAUCAUGGCCUACGAGCUGCUGCGGGGCUGGAGGCCGUACGACAUCCACUCCAACAACCCCGUGGAGUCUCUGGUGCAGCUCUUCAGCACCGUCAGCGUCCAGUACUCCUCAGCCUGGUCCAAGGAAAUGGUCGCACUGCUGCGCAAGCUGCUGACAGUGAAUCCUGAGCAUCGCUUCUCCUGCCUGGCGCACAUCCAGGCCUCGGCUCAGCUCUCGGGCGUGGUCUGGAGCGACGUGUGCGAGAAGCGCGUGGAGCCGGCCUUCGUCCCCAACAAGGGCCGCCUGCACUGCGACCCCACCUUCGAGCUGGAGGAGAUGAUUCUGGAGUCGAGGCCCCUGCACAAGAAGAAGAAGAGGCUCGCAAAGAACAAGUCAAGGGAUAACAGCAAAGACAGCUCCCAGUCUGAAAAUGACUAUCUCCAGGAAUGCCUUGAAGCUAUCCAGCAGGACUUUGUAAUCUUCAACAGAGAGAAGCUAAAGAAGAGCCAAGAGCAGCCCAGCGAGUCCGUGUCUGCCUCUGAGACCACCGACGAGGCCGAGGCCGAGCCCCUGCACAUGUGCAGCUCCGUGUGCUCCUCGGGCAGCAGCUAGGCCGGGGCCAGGCCGCCAGCCCUCACCUGCCCUCAGGUGCGCUGAGCACCCGAGCCCGCCCCGCCGCCGGCAGCUCCCCUUGAGAGCUGGAGCCAGCCAGAGUUCCCACAGGACUGCCCUGGGCCAUGGAUCGCCAGCCCAGCUCCCCUUUGGGGCUGGAGCCAGCCAGAGUUCCCACAGGACUGCCCCGGGCCAUGGAUCGCCAGCCCGGAGCCGUGGCUGCCUGUCGGGGGAAGAUACGGCCUAUGCAACUUGUCAGGGGAGGAGAUCAACUUAUUUAAGUCUUUCUGUUUUAAUAUCAGGUUGCUGAUCUGCACAGUGAGAGGACAGGGAAUAAAGCCAUGUCCUUGGGUCCCACGGGGAGAGACAAGGAGCAGGGGGACACGGAGCAGGGAGGAAGGCCCAAGAGGUGGCGUGAGUUUGACUGUGGCACUCGCUGCUCACGAAUGCUGCUCUGGGGAUGGGCAAUCCCUGUGCAGAGCAGAGCAGCCCCGGGGCCUCUCUGGCACCAGCUCCUGGGAGCCUCCAGCUGCUUGGGUCCUGCAGCACAAGGAUGUCCCAGGCACCUCCUUGUCCCCGUGUCACCUGUCAGUUCCUUUCCCCAUUCAAGGCAAAUAAAUGUUUUUUUGUGCACUCCAUGGAUUCUUCAGGGGCUGGGUAAUGGUUCAAGGCGUAUUUGAGAUGUAGAAAGCAUUUAAAAUGUUUUCUUCCUUGACGUGGCUGCUGCAGGCAGUGAGGAGCUGUGGGAUGGGUUGGAGGGUCUGGCUCCAUGUGCCCAGGUUCAGAGGACACAGUUUAUCACAGGCUGAGGUUUUGUUGGAGGCAGAGUGGGUGGCCUUGCAAGGCUGCUUGGUUAUGGAAGACAGGAAUAUCGUAUUUCACCCUUUGAUUUGCUUUAUUUUCAGUGUAAAGUACAAGUACUGUAUAUAAUUUGCCAAUACCUGUCUUAACUUCUUGAUAAGAUGGGAAAUCUUCCCUUGCUCCAGCUGUGGGCGUUGCCUUUCUUGUUGCAGGGGCCUUUGCUGUAUUCGUUGUUGAGCCUGCUGCAGAGUGGUUUUUGGUUGCUGUGGCUGAACCCAAGCCCUCUGGUGCCACACGACUGCUCUGGUGGCCCAGGGGCGUGGUGGGACCACAGUCACCAUCAAACCAUCAGCAGCUGUUUGCUGCCAGACGCUGGGAGGCUGCAGUGUGUGCAUCCUUGCUGGGUAUUCCUAAUGCAGAAAUGCCUGGGAGAUGAUUUUAACAGGUUGGAUUCUGUCAGGACCAGUUUUAUUGCAGUUUUUGUUUCCAUGAACAAACCAGAAAGGCGGAAUGGUACGAAAUUGCACAGGCAAGGACACAGCGUGUGUGUCUCCCACAGUUUUAUGUGGGAAUUAGUGUGUGGCUGCACUUGUGCAGAGAUGUGUUUUCAUGGAAGUCUUUCGGGGUGUGCAGGAGGAGGGGAGCUGAAGCUCUGGGUCCAGUUGCAUGGUUAUUUUCAGGGCAGAGCCAGGAGAUGCUGUCAGGCCCAGGGUCCCUGGUGUCAGCCAGGGGUCCUGCACACCCCGUGCCUCGUUAGGAGCUGUGUUAAUGACAGCUCAGGGGCUGUGGCCAGUCAGUGAGCGAGGGCUGAAAUCGGUGUGUCCUCCUGCUUCCUUCUCCCAGCUACAGGAGGGCACCUACCCUGGCUCUGAUCCCAGGCUGUGCUGGGGGAACCUGCCCUCUCUGCCCCCAGUAACUUCCAGUGUCGUUACUGGGUACCAGGGAGGCCUCAUUACCUUCUCUCACCUGUCAGAGCUCACCUUUGUGUGCAGGUGGGCCUCGUGCUCUGGCCCCUUUGCUGUGCUGAGCAGCCCCUGCUCUCCACACGGGCAGCCUGGUCCUCUCCCCAGGGCUCUGCGCUCACCUUGUGUCUCAGCUGGAACACCAGCUCUACCCUGGCACAGCAGAUGAAGCUCAAACCAUGUAUUUAUUCAGGACUUAUGAAUUACAGGUGAUUUACUCCAGCAGUGUGGGUAGGGUUUUACAGUGAAUUCUAUUGCACUAUUUAGAAACCUCCUGUAAAUAACGACAAAAUUUUGGACUAUCGGAAUGACGAGGAGCGUCGCUGAUUUUUUGACCAAACCAUCCCAUAGAUGAGUGAUGAAGAUACAUCGUGUUCAGCCAGAAGCUCUCAGGCCAGGAGAGGUGUUGGCAGUUACAGGAUGUGUGUAAUUGAUGUUUUCAUCACUUUCCUCAGGACAAGAGACAAGUGGGCCCUGCGGUGGGGGUUGUGGAGGAGCUGGCUUGCCUCUGGAACUGAACCUUUCUCAGCCCAAGCCCCCUCUCUGUCAGUCACCUGUUCCCCUUGCAGCACCCCUCUUCUCCAGUCAUUGUGCAAAACAGCUCAGCGGCACCUGGCAGAAACCAGGAGAGCUUCUGGGGGGACGCCAGGGAAUGGCUCCUUCCCAGGGGAAACACUCUGGGCGGAUCCUGGCUGCCUGGGCAGCACCCCUGGAAUCCAGCAGUGCAUCUCCAGGGAUGUGCUGGGAACACUGUUGAACCUGAAUCCCUGAGAACAGCACCAGGACACAGAGCUGCGGGGUCACUGUGCUGAGUGGGAGAGACACCGUGGACACAUCGCUGAAGUGCUCGGUUUUGGUCGCAAAUAAUAUUUGGGCAUAACCUCAGCAGAGCCCGUGGGGGACAGGGUUUCAUUGACACCUGUUUGCACUCAGUCCCUGGAGGAGAAAUGCCAUGAAAAGAGCAGUUGGAAAAGGGACAAGUGGUAGGAAACAGCUCAGUGUUAUUGUCAGAGCCCCCGUGGAGGGUUUCAGUGCUCUGGGGCCUCCUGCCCCACCGUGCCCCACUCUGAGCCCCUCUUGUGUCCCCACUGCUGUGUCCCUGUAAUGAGCCAGUGCCAGCUGAGCCCAGCUGAGUGCUGUUGGUCCCAAUACAUCUUCGUGGCUCCUGCCGGGGUGUCCCAUGUCUGGCUCACCCCACCCACAGUGCAGUCCUGGGGGUUUAUCCUCUCUCCUCCCUGUGCCACUCCCGUGGGUGUUCCCUGUCCUGGGCCGCUGGCACAGGCUGGGCUGGGGAUGGGGACAAAGGAUGGGUGUGGUGCCCCUGUUAGUGCCCGUGUUGGUGCCCUUGUCCUGCCUGAGCCCUGGCUGCUGCUGCUGAGCAAACCUCGCAGUGAAGUCGUGACAGAGCCCUGGUCCCACGUCCCACUUUGGAAGGUGUCACUAGCAGCUCUGGGCUACACCUCCACUACAGCCAGAACACAGGAAUUUUCUGUACAUAAAUAUUUAAAUACCUGUAUUUUUUGUAUGACAGAUUUAUACAGUGUGUGCCAUUAUCAGCUGUGAAAAGUCUACAGCACCUAUAAAUUAUUCUCUUUUAAUCACUUGCCAUGAGAUUGUUUUCUUAUCUUUGUUGUGUUACAAAAUUUUGCAAAGUUGCAUAUUUUUAAAUGUUUGCAUUGAAUUCCACAGCCUUCACUGGGAAUUCUGUGCAGAAGACAAAUGGUAGGUCAGGUCCUGAUGUUUCUUCUGUUGCCAAUUCUCUAUUACUCCAGAGCUUGCUAAAAAGAGUCUAAGAGUAAUAAAAUAAUAGCAAAAAUACCAGUAAUAUGGACUUGACCCUGGACAGUGCUGAAAUCCUGCUGCCUUGGGAAGGUAUUUUUAAAAAUUAUUUCAGUGCAGAUAUAUGUAAAUAUGUCUUUGUAUUUUAUGUUAAUACAUUCCUGUAAUUUUCUUGCAUGACAGUUUUACCACAUCACAGAAUAUUUAAGUUAUGACAAGGUUGUGUUUUUGCAGAUACCGUCGGAAGCCAUUGCACAUGUGGAGUAAUAAAUGUGUGCUUUUAACAUUG